UCAAGAAAUCGGAAGCAAAAAUUCUUCUUAACAUCAGCGCCUAAGUGAAAAAGCUAUCUACCAUAGAGCACUAUAUAGAUAUACAUAAAUAUAAUAUACAUACAUAUAGAAUAUUAAAAACGAAUUUUAAAGUAUUUUAAGUAACAAAUUUAAUUGAAAAAAUACGAAAAAGCCUUUAAAAGGUCACAUUCAAUAAGUUUUUAUAAAUUAUCGUGCACAUAAAUGAAAAUUUCAAUCCAGGAAAAGAAAUGAAAGCUAUGACUAAGCAGUGACGACAUCGACUUACACAAUUUCUCUAUACUAUAUAAAUUUUAAGUGAAGAAAAUUGCCUGCAAAACCUUCAAACACUUUAGAUUUUUCACAAAAUGGUCACUGAAAAUGGAACCCAGGGCGAUGGAAACACGUCAUUUCUACGCGCUGCCCGAGCUGGUAAUCUAGAACGAGUUUUGGAACAUUUAAAAAAUAAUAUUGACAUUAACACAAGCAACACUAAUGGCUUGAAUGCACUGCAUUUGGCUUCGAAGGAUGGGCAUACGCAUGUCGUUUCCGAGCUGUUAAAGCGUGGCGCUAUUGUGGAUAGUGCAACAAAGAAGGGCAACACCGCCCUACAUAUUGCUUCGCUUGCCGGGCAGGAAGAGGUGGUGAAACUCUUGCUCGAACAUAAUGCCGCCGUGAAUGUACAGUCGCAGAACGGCUUUACGCCACUCUAUAUGGCUGCGCAGGAGAACCACGAUUCUGUUGUGAAGCUGCUACUGGCCAACGGCGCCAAUCAAAGCUUGGCUACUGAAGAUGGGUUCACGCCGCUGGCAGUAGCUAUGCAGCAAGGACACGACAAAGUCGUCGCCGUGCUCUUGGAGAGCGAUACACGCGGUAAGGUGCGUUUGCCUGCAUUGCAUAUUGCGGCCAAGAAAGACGAUGUGAAGGCCGCCACACUACUUCUAGAUAACGACCACAAUCCUGACGUAACUUCCAAAUCUGGCUUUACACCGUUGCACAUUGCUUCCCACUAUGGCAAUCAAGCCAUCGCCACCUUACUCAUACAAAAGGGUGCCGAUGUCAAUUUCGCCGCUAAGCACAAUAUCAGUCCGUUGCAUGUUGCCGCAAAAUGGGGUAAAACAAAUAUGGUUUCCUUGCUGUUGGAGAAAGGUGCUAAUAUCGAGGCCAAAACACGCGAUGGUUUAACCCCGUUGCAUUGUGCGGCUCGUUCCGGUCACGAGCAAGUUGUCGACAUGCUAUUAGAGCGCGGCGCCCCGAUUAGCGCUAAAACGAAGAACGGUCUCGCACCGUUGCAUAUGGCCGCGCAGGGUGAGCAUGUAGAUGCCGCACGCAUUUUGCUCUACCAUCGUGCACCCGUUGAUGAAGUCACGGUAGACUAUUUGACGGCGCUACAUGUGGCAGCGCAUUGCGGGCAUGUGCGUGUCGCUAAGCUAUUGCUCGAUCGCAAUGCCGACGCCAAUGCACGUGCGCUCAACGGUUUCACGCCGCUGCACAUUGCCUGCAAGAAGAAUCGCAUAAAGGUCGUGGAGUUGCUGCUGCGUCACGGCGCUAGCAUUAGUGCCACAACGGAGAGCGGCUUGACGCCGCUGCACGUAGCCGCUUUUAUGGGCUGCAUGAACAUUGUCAUCUACUUGCUGCAACAUGACGCCAGUCCAGAUGUGCCGACCGUGCGCGGAGAGACCCCACUACACUUGGCCGCACGUGCAAAUCAGACUGAUAUUAUACGCAUUUUGCUGCGCAAUGGUGCUCAAGUGGAUGCACGUGCACGUGAACAGCAAACGCCGUUGCACAUCGCCUCGCGUCUCGGUAACGUAGAUAUUGUCAUGCUAUUGCUGCAGCAUGGCGCUCAAGUGGAUGCCACCACCAAAGAUAUGUACACUGCUUUGCAUAUUGCGGCCAAAGAAGGCCAGGAUGAGGUCGCUGCCGUUUUAAUCGAAAAUGGCGCAGCUUUGGAUGCUGCCACGAAGAAGGGCUUCACACCGUUGCAUUUGACAGCCAAAUAUGGACACAUCAAGGUUGCUCAAUUGUUGUUGCAAAAGGAGGCGGAUGUGGACGCACAAGGAAAGAAUGGUGUGACACCAUUGCAUGUGGCCUGCCACUAUGAUAAUCAAAAGGUCGCGCUUUUGUUGCUGGAGAAAGGGGCCAGCCCGCAUGCCAUAGCUAAGAACGGGCAUACACCGUUACAUAUUGCGGCACGCAAAAAUCAAAUGGACAUUGCUACAACGCUAUUGGAGUACGGCGCACAGGCAAAUGCCGAGAGCAAAGCCGGUUUCACACCAUUGCAUUUGAGCUGUCAGGAGGGGCACGCUGAGAUAUCGAAUUUGCUAAUCGAGCACAAGGCCGGUGUAAAUCAUCCUGCCAAGAAUGGCCUAACACCAAUGCAUUUGUGUGCCCAAGAAGACAACGUGAAUGUUGCUGAAAUCUUGCAACGCAAUGGCGCCAACAUCGACAUGGCCACCAAAGCCGGCUAUACACCACUGCAUGUGGCCGCACAUUUCGGUCAGGCAAAUAUGGUGCGCUUUUUGUUGCAUCACGGCGCCAAUGUAGACGCGGCCACAUCUAUCGGUUAUACGCCAUUACAUCAAACUGCACAGCAAGGACAUUGCCACAUCGUUAAUCUGCUUUUGGAGCAUAAGGCGAAUGCCAACGCUCAGACGGUUAAUGGACAGACCCCGUUACACAUUGCACGCAAACUGGGUUACAUAAGCGUUUUGGAUUCGUUGAAGUCGAUCACAAAUGAGCCGGAUGCGGCAGCACAAACUCAAACCGACGAGAAGUAUCGUGUCGUUGCACCGGAGGCAAUGCAUGAAUCAUUUAUGUCCGAUUCGGAAGAAGAAGGCGGUGACACAAACGAUUGGGAUCCUUGUUAUGGCAUUAAGGGUGAUCAAAAUACGAAUGAAGACCACGUUUACCUUCCAUAUUACCAGGGCGAAGCAUUCUUUAUGUCUAGCGAAGAUAAUAUGUUAUCCGAUCAGCCUUACCGUUAUUUGACAGUUGAUGAAAUGAAAUCUUUAGGCGAUGACUCCUUGCCAAUCGAUGUUACACGUGAUGAACGCAUCGACUCCAAUCGCAUGAUGACCCACAGUGCGGAGUAUGCUGGUGGAGUCGGAGGCCCAUCGCAACCGCAGGCCAUCGCAGAAGAGCUUAUAAGCCCACACAAGGCUCAAGUACAUGGCAUUGGGAAAUCUUAUGUGGACGGUAUUUAUAUGGGUAAUGGUCUCAACGAGGAACAAAAAUAUAUGAGCCGAAAACUUUCCUGGAAAAGUUUCCUUGUAUCGUUUCUGGUGGAUGCUCGUGGUGGCGCCAUGCGUGGCUGCCGUCACAGUGGCGUACGCAUGAUUAUACCUUCGCGCUCCACUUGCCAGCCGACGCGUGUGACUUGCCGUUAUGUUAAACCGCAACGCACCAUGCAUCCACCCCAACUAAUGGAGGGCGAAGCUUUAGCCAGUCGUGUGUUGGAGCUGGGCCCUGUGUCCACCAAGUUUAUUGGUCCCGUUAUCAUGGAAGUACCACAUUUUGCUUCGCUCCGUGGCAAAGAACGUGAAAUUAUAAUUUUGCGCUCGGAUAAUGGCGAAACCUGGCGAGAGCACACCGUCGAUAAUUCGGAAGAAAUCAUGCAUGAUGUGCUGCAACAAUGUUUCGAACCCGAAGAAAUCGCACAACUUGAGGAGCAAGGUGGCAAUCAUGUCUGUCGAUUUGUUACCUAUGACUUUCCACAAUACUUUGCUGUGGUCUCCCGUAUACGCCAAGAGGUGCAUGCCAUCGGACCCGAGGGAGGCAUGGUAUCCAGUACAGUGGUGCCACAAGUACAAGCUGUUUUCCCGCAAGGUGCACUCACCAAAAAGAUCAAAGUGGGCUUGCAGGCACAACCAGUCGAUCCAGAUCUAACUGCUAAACUACUUGGCCGCGGUGUGGCCGUCUCGCCGAUUGUAACGGUCGAGCCGCGACGUCGCAAAUUCCAUAAGGCCAUCACAUUGAGCAUGCCAGCACCCAAGGCACAUAGCCAGGGCAUGAUAAAUCAAUAUUCCGGCAAUACACCCACGCUACGACUACUCUGCUCUAUAACAGGUGUGUUUCGGAAAAGAUCUCUAAAAGGCGGGCCGUCUCGCGCGCAAUGGGAAGACGUUACUGGCUCCACACCGCUGACCUUCGUGAAUGAUUGUGUUUCGUUUACGACUACUGUCUCUGCACGAUUUUGGUUAAUGGACUGCAGGAAUAUAUCCGAGGCUACCAAAAUGGCAACCGAACUAUACAAGGAGGUAAUACAUGUGCCGUUCAUGGCCAAGUUUGUAGUUUUCGCAAAGAAAGUGGAACCGUACGAAGCGCGUUUGCGUGUGUUCUGCAUGACUGAUGAUCGUGAGGAUAAAACAUUAGAAAAACAGGAACUCUUUACCGAAGUUGCCAAGAGUCGCGAUGUUGAGGUGCUGGAGGGAAAGCCACAAUAUAUUGAAAUGGCCGGUAACUUGGUGCCAGUCACUAAAUCUGGUGAUCAAUUGCAAUUGCAAUUCAAAGCGUUUCGGGAGAAUCGUCUACCAUUCACUGUACGUGUGAAGGAUCAACAUGCCGACAUUGUUGGACGUACAUUGUUCAUGAAGGAGCCAAAAGUUGCCAAGGGCGAGCCACCGCAACAUCCCAUCUGUAUUUUGAAUAUCGUGUUACCGGAUAUUGUUAUACCGGACACAACUACCGAAUUCAGUGAUAAGAUCACUACCACCUAUCGAAGCUCCCUCUUUAGUUUGAGUAAACAUCAGAAUGAUCACUAUAUCGGCGAUAUACGUAUUGUGGAUCUGUCGAAUUUAUUAGGCAAGGAUUGGAUACAGUUAGCCUCUGAAAUCGGUAUAAGUACGGAGGAGAUAGAUGACAUAAUAAAUCAAAAUACCGAUAGUAUUGCGCGGCAGGCCCAAAGCAUGAUUCGACUAUUCAAGGAUAAACCAAAUUAUGAUAUUCACGCCUUAGAAGAUGCGCUCAAAAAUAUUGGUCGUGAGGAUAUUAUGAAAAAGUGUAAAAGUGGGCGACUUUCGCAUUCGCGUGACUUUGACGAAACUGAUAUUAUGAAAAACUCCGAAUCGGUGGAGGAACUCGUGCGACAAGAGAGUAAACGGAUUCAACAGAUUCACGAUCACGAGGAGGUUAAAUAUUCGGCAGAAGAGAAGGAAGUGGAAGAGUCCGAAUCAGAUGAGGAAAUUACGAAACGUACUGUUGCCGAACGACGUGAGAAGAUCGUUAAACGACUCUCAAUCGAACGGCAAAUACCUGCUUCAUCACAGAAAAAAGAGAUUUCACGUGAAAUUUCCGAAAUAAAACGUAAGAGCCUUAUCGAGGAUAAAAAGGCUAUACAUGAAUCAGAAAUCAUGAUGCAGUUACCAACAGAUAACAUAGUUAAAUCAACCGUUGCUCCCGACCAAGUAAUGAAAAUGAAAAUGGGUAAAAUGGAUGCUGCCGAAAUAAGUAAAAGCGAUUUCGAUAAGGAAUUGACGCACAAAUUAAAGACAUCCGGACGCAGUUCUGAAGAGGAAGAUUCAGCAACAGAAUAUAAGACCGUUGAGGACGAUGAAAAUUUGAAAAUAGUACAAGAUAUCAGCGCCGUCGAAAAGUCAAAGAAGCUUCAGGACUCCCCGAAGGAGUCAGGGCAAGAUACAACCAAGCAACUAACUGAAGACUUUUUAAAUGCCGAGAAACAGACUCAACUUCCAGUCGAUAUAACAUUCAGUGAGAAAUUUGUCGAGGAGGUAAAGGAAAAAGAAAUGAAAAGCACCGAAUUGGAUGAGAAAUCGAGUCAGAAGAUUGAAAAAAUUAUAUCCGUAUUUGAGAGUGGCAAAUCUGACGAGAAGGAUGGAACUGUUAGCAAAACGUCCACCAUUACGGAAACCAUCCAAGUUGUCACAGAAGGUAAAGUAAAGGGUACUUCCAUUGAAGAUAAAAUUGCAGAUUUCGAAGCAAAAGGAGUUACUUAUGAUAUGAAAUCCGUGCUACCAAAAGAUAUAAAGAAAUACGAAGAUACACAUGCAGAUGAUCUCUAUGAAGCACACCAAGAACCCAUUAAGUCAUUUGAAAAAACUAUUACAGAAGACUUUUUAGCGUUAGAGCAAAAAUCUCAAAUGUCACCAGCAAUUAAAUCUAUUCAAGAAAUUACUACUGCCGUUCAAUUACCAAAAGAUAAUGCAGAUGUAAUAGAAAGCGCUCCAGCAGCUCCGGUUGCCGAAAAGAGAACGUCACUUUCUGAGAAAUCAUCAGAGCCAAUAACGCGUUCAUCUAUUGAAAUACAAUCCUCAAAAUUCAGUAUACCAGAUGGUAAAGAAGAGAAGGUCUUUCCUAAAACUACAGAAACUAUAAAAGAAUUCGAAAAACAUAUUGAAAAAGAUAGCGAAAUUGCUACCUCUGAGUUAUCGUACAUGGAACAGAGAUCACAAAAGGAAAUUACGAAAACAGCAAGUGAAUUUGUAACCAGCACGGCGGCGGUACUUGAAACAACGGCUGAUUCUUUUGAAAUUACUACUGACUUAGAACUGCCAGUGAAAGAAGCAGAGAGAACGAAAGCUCAAUUAAAAGAAGUCACAAAAGAAUGGGACGGAAUAACUCUAACGGGCAUUCAAAAAACCUCUGGUGAUCUCACAAAACCAGAGCAUAUAGAAGAUAAAUUGACAACUGAGCAGGUUACUACAGUUUUCAAAAGCAAGGAUAGCUCAAUGGAACCAAGAAGUGUAGCAAAGACUGAAGUAAUUACGACCACGACAUAUUUGGAUAAAACUGAAGCGAAAGUGAUUAAGGAUAGUGAAAUCGACGAUCUGAUAGAAUUCACUAAACAGAGGGAAGGUGCGAAGGAAACACAAGUAGAAUCAAAAACGGUAAAAACCACACAAAUAUUAAAUAUAUUUGAGACGGAAUCAGAUUCUUCCACAAUUCAAUCAGCAGUUGGUGAUAUUGCAGCUGACACAAAAAUCACUUCAGAAAUAUUGAAAACUGGCAAAGAAAUAUCCACAAUAGAGCCCAAGGAAUUAAGUAGUGUUUUUUCAGGUGACGCAAGAGAUCCAUUAGACAUGAGGUUUGACGACACUAAACAUGAACAACCUACAAAAAAAUUAACGCAAGAUUUCUUGCUAAUGGAGCAGCAAAAACAAUUGCCAUAUUCCAAAGAAUCCCAAGCCGAAGAUGAAAAAUUUGAGCUUUUGAAAUCGGCCACACAUACAGUCGUGCCAUCUAUUUUAAGUUCAACUGUUGUUCCUGCUAUACCAACUGAUUUGAAUGUUAAGCAAGAACCAACAUCGUUGGGAGAUGUACAAGCAACUCUACCCGAUAUUGCUUCGAAAGAAGGACAGCCAACAAUGGAUGAUACACAUACGGUUGAAACGAAAAGCGCCAUGAGUGACCUGAUCAAAUCAACCAGCGUUAUAAUGGCGACUGUACCGAAAGUUUCAACCGAGGAGGCCAUUAUAUCAUUGGAGGAAAGUCUUACAGAUAUCAAACGUGAAGAGAAGCCCGUACAGCUUCCGACAGCUUCAAAGAAAUUCACGCAAGGUAGCCAGCCAGAGACAACUCCAAAAGAUUUUGAACCAGAAAUUAUAAUUGAUGAGAAAACCACAACACUCAAGAUGAGUUCAGCAGUAACGGAUACGGUCAAAGAAGAAAGUAUAAAACUUGUAGAAUCCAUUAAAAAGCUAGAGGAAACCAUUAAGGUAGUCGAUAAGCAUCAAGACGACGGCAUCGAGUUGGCCGCUCCUGUAAAUGAGACGGACAAAGUAUCAGCCGUGGGUAUAAGAAAACUAACCGAGGAUUUCCUCACUAUAGAGCAAACAAAACAGUUUUCAACAAGCACCAAACCGGUGAGAGAAACAAUUGUAACUGACGAUCAUGAAAAAUCUACAGUAUCAACAAAGUAUGAGAAACCAGAAGUGAAGGCAGAUUCAUUUAGCAGCCUGCAAUCGGCUGGUCUGAGCGAGGAAAUUACUAAGAUAGUAACGGAGGCAGCAACAAAAAUCGAUGCCAUUAAAAUGACGAAUGACUUCUUAGCCACAGAACAAAGCACACAAUUACCCAUCGUGAAACAAACGAGUGAGCAAACUGCAGAUCAACUUGAUACACAAAUUUCGCCAAAGUCGGCUCUUGACCUUGCCGCACCUGCACCUGUGGAACCACGCAAAUCUAUAACACUGACAGACGCUGAGUUUUGUAAGUCAGUCGAGGAAACGAUCACAAAGAAGAUGAGUGCGGGACAAAUUGAAAUCUGUGACGAGCUCAAAACUAGCGCGAGCGACAUACCACAUUCUCAAACCCCACCGCCAACUCCGAUCGAUACUAGAACUGAUAGACAAGAAGAAGAAUCCUUACCACGGGCUAAGUUCGUUGAAAAAGAUAAUUUGUCUGACACUGUGGUCACUUUGCACAAGACCACAGAAUCGACAUUCGAACGUGUUUCGGGAAUUUCCAAAAUCGAAACCAUAGAAGAAAAGCUCGUUUUAGAUGAGGAUUCGUUCCGAAAUAUUGGCGACGACGUUAAAGAACAAAUCCUUUACGCGGCAGCCGAAGAUAAUGUUAUUGAAAAGUUAAUAGAUUUUGAUGCAGAUGCUGAUGGCAGCAAAGAUAAUAUUUAUAAAUAUAGUGAUGUAGAGGAUGAUGAUGAAAAAUACUCUGAUGACGAUGACAAUGAUGAUGAUGAAGAUAGAAGUAGAAAGGCUGGUGGUGAGAAGCUCCUCGCUUUUGAUACCAACAUACGCCAAGAGGCUGCAGUGCUGAUUGAUAACGUGCUCGAAGAGAGCAUUAACAUUAUUAGCACGCGACAGCAGCAGCAGCAUCAGCAACAAGAAGCCAAUGGCUAUGAUUCAUUUAAGCAGGAAUAUAAUUCAGAAAGUGAAAAUUAUGCUAUAACUUGUGAUGAUAUUGGUGGCUUGGAUGUUAUCAAAUCGCCAACUAUUGAAUCAAUGUCUGGGAAAUCGUUCGAUGAUAAUAUGAGCUUUACUGACGAGCAGUGGCCUGGCACGCAGCAGCACCACACGCAAGUCAGUGCAGUGCCCGGCGUUGCAACCACAACAAUUACCACCACCAGCACAUCACAGCAGCAAAAACGCUCACAUGAUCUUAUUGAUUCCAAAGAUGGCUUCAAGCCGGUAACAGCAACAGAAACUAUAACUACAUUAACAACAACAACUACUAGACAAAUUGGUACAACACUACAUGAAGCUGUCACAUUUGGUGGUAGUGGUGGUAUUAGUGAUGUUGAUGCUGCUGACGCUGUUGUUGAAGAGGCAGACUGGAAGACAAAAGGUACUAGCGAUCCCAAGCAUGUUACAGAAGAUUCCGGCGUUGCAAAGUCUCGGCGCAUUGAUCACAAAUUCGAAAAGCUCACAACAAAUUUCGCUGAUAUUGACGAGCAAGCAUCGGCGUUCGAUGCGAAUUUCGAUUCGAUGUUGCAGGACGAUGAGAUAAGUAAUUUGCAAAGUGAGUUUUCGAAAAUGAGUUGGGACGAUAGUGUGUCGCCCACAACGAACACUUUGGGCGAUAUCGGUCAAAAUACACCAGAUAACGAUAUUCAAGAUAUAGCAACAGAGACAGGCUUUGAAUUCGCUAAAUCAUCCGAAACCACUCCAGUACCAACUAGUGCGCCGACUUCUGCCCCAACUGGACAUGAUGCACCCACACCUAAGCCACGCGCCGCCAAAUCAACCUCACCCGUGAGAGAUAUUGGCGACGACUUAACGCAAUAUCAAAAAAGUGAUGAUGCACACAGUAUUACCGACUCCUCUGAAAUCUUACCCGACCUGUCGAUAUCUGCGCCCGUGCCUAAGCCACGUUUACAAAUGAAACCAACAGAUUCUUUCAAGAAUUUAGCUGCUCUGGUAAACGAACAGUCGGACAGCAUUAGCCUGCGUAGCUUGGACAUCACCGACGAUAUUUCGAAAACAGAUGAAGUGUCAACAGAAAUUUCAAUUAAAUCAUCACAUGCCCGGGAUUACCCCACAACUACAACGAUUACAACAGCUUCCGAGGAUCGUACAGAAUCACUGGAACCAACUAGUGAGAUUUCAAUAGAUGACGCCGAAGUCGACACGGAAAAGUCUGAGCUCUCUGAAGGCAGAUCAAAAACGAGUUUCUAUAUUGGAGAAUCCAGCCGUAAUGUGAUAAUUAAGACAACACCAACAAAACCAGACACUGAUAUAGAGUCUUCCCCAGAAGCUGUAACUACAAAAGAUCAAGCCUUGGAGGGAGCAAUUGAAGCGAAGGAUGUCGCAUUAAUGAAGGAGAUUUCUGUCGACUCGGAUGAAAGUAAUGACGUAUUUAAGGAAUUUGUAACAAUGAAGCGUGAAACAGAUGAAGGAGAAAGCAAAAUAGUACGUCAAGGUUCCGAAACACGAAAUGACUUGCUAGAGCAAGAACCAACAAAGGAAAAACAAGAUGAUUCGAACAAAUCUUGUGAGACUUUUGUAAUUACAGCUGAUAUUUCCCAACCAGCCGACGAAAAAAAAGAAACCAUUUUAAAGCAAUCAUUGGACGAUUAUGAAUCAUUAAAGUUAGGUUCCGCAAAAUCCGACAAACUCGACUUGGAGUUAGAAAAGAGUGAAUGGGAAACAACAGAGAAGGGAAUCCCAAUAGCUAAACCUAAGGUAGUACAUUCUCCACAGCAACUGAGUGAAUUGCCCAGAGCUUUGAUUGAUGAGCAAAUGGUUGCCAGAACAUUGGAGGAAGCGCAGGAAUCAUUGAAUGCGGCAAAUAACGAGCUGAAGUUCAUAGUGAAGGAUGGUAAAUCAAUUAAAGAGUCGCCAUCCGAAUUUGAGUUUCGCUCGAUUUCAAACACACUGAUUAGCGCAGAGAAAAAAGAUAAAACUGUGACUGACGAAAGCCUUAUGCAAAAAGAAAUUAAGGAACCUAAAUUCUUGGAAGAGGAAUAUAUUUCUUCAUUCAUAGGAAUACCAGAUACACUUAAGGAAACUCAGCUUCCAUCAACAUUUGAACCAAUAAAAUCAUAUGAGGAUACUUUUGAAGAAAGAACAAAAGAGACACUGAAUAAAGAAGCAGUUAUUACACAUUAUACUCAAGGUAACGUUGAUGAUACGAAGGAGGAGUUAAAAGAUGAACACGGUUCGCUAGGCUUUAUAUCUACAGGCACUGCAGAUGACUACAGUUCAAUGGAAGCAUACGCAACUAAAGAGGAACAUGCUUCUCUUGGCUUUGUUUCGACUGAAACUGUCGAAGAUUUUAGCUCAAUGGAGGACUAUUAUCAGGAAAAAAUAGCCAAAGCUAGCUUUGUAACAGAAGGAGAUGACCUAAGGAGGUCACCAAUAGAGGUUACCAAGCUUGGUGAUACAGGAGUAUUUUCGGAGAUAUGUACAGAACAAACAAUGAAACCAUUCGAGGAGGUUACGCAUCGCAUUAAAUCUGAAACUGGCUCUGUUGAUGUCACGAAUAGAUGGUCGGUACCAGAAAUUGACCAAUCGAGCUCCAGUGAGAGUUACUACAAAAGCUUUGAUAAAAGCGACAGUCGCCCGUUAUCGUCAGAAGUCGACAAUAUACUGACACAAGGAAACUCUUCAGAAUAUCAAACAGCAUUGGAUGUGUCAUCAGUAACGCGUGAAGCAACCGAAUACAUAAGCGCAGUUAGCACGCUUGAGAGUAGCAGUGGAAAGACGAUAAGCUCGCACGAAAGCAUGAAGAGUUUCGAUUCGCAAUCCGAAACAUCUGGUAAUUUAGGAAGUAUCGAUGUUUCAGAACUAUCGGAAACAUUGGUAGCUUCCUCUACAGAACCUGAUGCUUUGGAAGCUGAGGAACUAUCACGUAUUCGUGACUUACGUGACGAUGAUGACGAUAGUGAUGAAAGUCUCGACAUUCAAGAUUACAGUAAAACUGAGCAACAAAUGCAAAAGUCACUGAUGAAACGUUCACAAGAAAUGAUAUUUAAACCGAAAACCGAGGAGGCCAAACCCGAGGAAAAGCAUUUCGAAAGCGUUAUGGUGGAAGAGUUUCCUAAACCUAAGGAAGUGGAAAAAACUUGGGGCUUAGCUUAUCCUAUGGAUGAAGCUAAAAUAGACGAUGGAAAGGAUACAGAUCGGCCUGAAGAUAUUUUGCUCUAUCAUAGUGACAUAAGACGUUCCAUUGACGAUUCUAAGCUGGCUUCUAGCUUAGACGAGGGUAGCAUCCUUUCGGUUAGCAUGUCAAGUACAUCAAACAUAGAAACUGUUGUAGAGAACUUCGAGGAUAUGAUUGGGUCAGCAGGUUCUUCUUCGUUAACCGGCAUUGAGGCUUUUGGUUUUCCACACGAUGAACAAGCAUCUUCAUUUCCCGAACAUGAAGACACAUUUACCAUGGAAAUGGACAGCAAGGAACAUUCUCCACAAGACUCUGCCGCUACAACACCACCCGGUGAAUCUCGUAAACGCGGUCACAAGCGCAGUGAGAGUACUUCGAUCACUGGUGAUGUUUUAAAAUCCAUCACGGAUAAGGAUCUACCAGUAGUGGGUGAAAACAAAGAAUCUGAAAGUGAAUCGGACACAGAUCCCUACGAAUCUGAGUACACCAGACAGUUUCGCUCACCAAACGAACGAAAGAAGAACAAGAAGAAACAAGCUGCCGCCGAAAUGGAUCAUAGCUUUGACCUCGAAAAACGUCCAUUUACUCCUUCACAACUUGUGGCUGAGGUUAUAGUUGAGGAUAGUGCUACCGAGGAAAUGGAGGCCGAGGCUAUUGAAGAGGAGCGUCGACCUUCGCAAAACAUGCAAGACUACUCAAAUAUACCAGAUAUAACGGUAACCGAGGACUUUCAAAAGUCGCCAAGUUUAGAAGAAAAUGCUGAGGGUUUCGAAGAAAAAUCAUUAUACAAAGUGAAAACACAAGAAGAAUUACAUAAAGCUGCUGAUGAACCUCUACACCAGCAAAAACGUAUGGAUAAGAGCGAGGAAACAUUUCAAAAACUAGUACAAGAACAGUACGAACAAAAGCUUGCGGAUCUUCAACGACCACAAGCUGGCGAUAUAGACUACGAUGACUAUGAUAAGGCACCAGAUUCUCCAGACUCUUUUGAAAUGAUUGAUCAACCCGAUAUUUCCGACGAUUUUGUCAUAAUCGAAGAGGUGGCUAAAGAAGCCGAUGAGGCUGAUUUAGGUGGAAAGAGCAUUAAAAUUCAGCCAACGAAAUAUGAAUCAAAACAUGAUGAGGAUGUUGAAAAAAUUAUUAUAAAAUCUGCUCCCGCCGAUCCCAAAUUAGGUUCGCAAAUUUUCCGAGAUGAUCUAAACUUCGAAUUCGAAGAAAGUCCACCAACUGCGGGCAGCAGCAGCGAUCCACAGGAUGAAAGCGAUUCUGGAGACAUGGCUGCUUCAAACAAACGAUGGGUUGAAAUGCAACUUACAGAUUCACAAUUGCGUUAUCCGUACGACAUUACUGGUGGUGUAUUAGAAGAUAUCAAGGAAGAGGAUGGCGAAUUCGAAGUGGGUAGUAGUCGCAUAAGCAGUUUUAAAGACUCCUUCUCCAGUACACCUGAGUAUGAUGCUAUGGCAGCAAGACGAUAUUACGCACGUGGCGAACAUGACGAUUUAUCCAUGAACAGUUUGCAAGAAUUCGAAUCGCUAGAACAGGCAAUUUCUUUAGAGAAUCGCAAUAAAACGCACCAAGGUUCAACGGACUCCAGCAACGGUAGUUUCACACGCCGCUAUAUGGUUCGCCAUAGUGGCAGUGCCACAGCACAAGGCGAUGAUAUAUCAAUUUCCAGCCUUAAAGAAUUCGAAGGUCUGGAGAAUGCAUGUAUAGAAGCACACUUGAUUGAGAUCAAAGCCAAGGAAGAGGCUGCCAUGCUUUCUCGGUCGGACGACUCCAACAAAUCAAACGAAAGUGAUCGGGAAAAUGGUGCAAGCAAUAUUGUUGUAAGCAAAGUAACACGUACAGUAACUCGAACCGAAGUGCUGCCGGCACAGCAACAAACAAUUGAAGCGCUACUCAAACAGAAACUGGAAGAAUGUGAAGGGUGUGAGUCAAUGACAAAACUCACAGAAAUGUCAACAGAGCCAAUGGAGGGGAAAAUGAAGUUGGAUAAACAGGAUUCGGAGAAGGGCAGUGUAGAUAGUCUGGAGAUAAAUAAAAGUCUCGAUAUGCGUUCUAGCAGCAUUGGCAGUUUCGAAAUUUCAAAAGAUGCUACUACACGUUCGGAUAUCGACUCAUUGGAAACUGACCGUAAACAGCCUACACGUGAGGAGAGCAUCGAUUCAAUGGAAAACGAGCAGUUCGAUCUGUUGGCAAGAUUUCCAACAGGCGAAACUACGCUUGGCGAAGGUCUAACAACAACUACAACUACCACCACUACCACUACAGAUGCUGAGGGACAUGAACACAUCGUUACACAAACGAUCACCACAACCACAAGCGCAAGCGGCAGUACAAAUUUAGAAUUCCCCACGGGGCAACUUCACAAAGACGUAUCGGCCGACUCACUUUGUAUUGAACAAACUAACACGAGUUCAGCUGGCACCACUGCAACUUAUCAGACCAGUGCUGGAAAUUCGCAAAUGUCAGGCAGUGUCACCAGUUGUGCAUCCAGUACACUCAUGGAGGACUCGUAUCCGGGUGCAAACUCUAGUCUAACAUCAUCUAGCUUUUGGUCGCACGAAGAAUCAACGGUUGUGGAAGAUAAGAAUGUGCUCGAGGAAGUAUUGCUGGAAGAUGCUGAGGCACUGAAACGUCGCCAAGCGCAACAUCGACAAGAGUACGACGAUCAGCACUAGAUUACAUGGCGGAUAAAAAACGUUAAUGCAAUAAGAAACAAACGACACGCAUAAAUUUACAUAAUUAAGGGAUUACAAGCUUUUUAUACUUACAUACAUCAGUGGUUAGAUUUAAUUAAAUAAACGCAAAUGCGUGCUUUAUGAAUGGUGAGCAGGCGAGAGUAUUGGCUUUGGGAUCGCGACAGAUAUGCCAUAUAAUUGUUACAUUCCCUACUGGAAAACAAGCUUUGCAUUUUAGUAUUAUCGGCGCAUCGAAAUUUAAGUAAUAUACAUUAAUCUAUUAACAACUAAUUCCAAUCUACAUAGAACACAAGUUUGAGCGAAAACACACACAAGCAUUACUGAAGGUUAUUAUGCCACGCAUAUUAAAUACAAAUUUGACAGUUUAUACAAAUUUAUCAAAUGUACUUCUAUUAUACUUGGUUUGCUAAUAAGAAACAAUAAAGGGACUCUUUAAGUGUACGUAUUAUCUGUUAAAUGUAUACAUACAUACAACUAUUUUCGUUAUUGGGCUUUUAAUAGUAAAAACUAAAUGUGAAAUAAAAUUUGAAUGAAAAUCUUUAUUAUACAAAUAUGUAUACUUGUUGCUAUUUUAACGGUAUGUAAUUUUUGGAAAAGUGAAAUUUUCUACGAUGCUUUUGAUUACGUAAACUGUAUGCGGUAAAUUAUAUUAAUAUGUGGUGUUAGAAGGAAGGAGGAACGUGGUAGUGUAUUUAAUAUUUUUUAAAGCUUAUUUGAAUAUAUAAGUCUUUCAUAUGUAAUUUAGUUUAAGCUGCUUCAAUGGAAUACAUGCGUAUAAGUUUGCAUAUGUAUGAUGCCUUAAUAAGAAAAAAAAUGAAAAUAAUAAAAAAUAAAAA